AUGAACUCAAAUAACAAUCAGAGGAAGAUAGUUGAUGACUCAGAUGACAAAUCAGAAAACGGUAAUCAAUUUUACUUAGUAAAUGAUGCAAUGGAAAAAGAAAGUAAAUUUAGGAAAACAGAGUACUUCUACAAUAAAGAUUCUAAAUGGGAUCGUUAUCAAUAUGCCAAAAAUUCAAUUAAAAACAAUCAUCAACUUACCAGUAACAAGAUUCCUUAUGAUGAUGUUUCUAUCUAUAAUAACUAUUAUUCAACUCACAUUACAUCUUAUCAAAAUGGAAGAUCUUAUCCUGAUAGAUCUUUUAAAUUUGACUCUAAUGGAUUCUCUAAUUAUGACAAUAUGGAAUAUGAAAAGAUUCCAUAUUCUGAUUAUGUAAGAUCAAUCAAAAUGUUUGACAGAAAUAACACUGAUAUGAGAAACAUUGAUGGUUAUUACGGAAGGAGAAGAAUGCCAAUUAAGAGAAGAUGUUCUAAUUGUGAGACAACUGUUACACCUACUUGGAGAAGAUCUCUUGAUAAAAAUAGUAUUCUUUGUAAUGCUUGUGGUUUGUAUCUUAAGAUGCAUAAGAAGAAUAGACAGGUAAUAAAACAACAUGAUGGUUCAUUAAAGAUACUAAAAACUUCUUCCCAGGAAUGUGAUUUAAUAAGAUGUGAAGCAUGUGAUAGGUCUUUGGAUAGAUCUUUUUAUAGUAAUAUUGAAUACACUAAAUCACAUAUUUGUAACAACUGUAUGGAAUAUUAUAGAUCAGAAGUAAAUGAUAUUACUGAGAGUGCUAAUUUGGAAAGUAAACAAAAACAUUUUAAUAACGAUUUUUAUUAUAAUUCAUUAUCUAAAAACAAUUCUUUUACUUAUAAAGAUUUUGAUGAGAGUGGUUCUAAUAAGGAUGAUCAGAAAUUUUAUUAA